GGCCAGAGCCCCGAGCCGUGGCUGCCGCGGGCGGUGGGCGGGCGGACGGGAGCGCCGGACCACCAGCGCAGGCUGCUCAAGCCCGGGGGGCCGCCCGCGGGCAGGCCUGGAAGCUCGGGAGCCGCAGAGGGACCGCCUGCCGCGGGGAGACGAGGACCGGGGCUGGGCUUCCUCACCCCGGGUGCCUUCUUAUCCCGUAAUGUCAGUGUCCUGAAAUCUGAGAAUUCCACCAAGAUAAUAUGAGAGGGACUCUCCGUGAUUUCGGGCCAUAUCCUACCUAGACUUACGUGAGACUUCCAGAUUUCCUGAGAGCUUGGUACAGCGGCACACACUGCUUACUGACUGGCACUGGCAGUAAUGCCAUCUCUGCCUCAGGAAGGAGUGCUGCAGGGACCCUCUUCCCUGGAUCUGAAUACAGAAUUACCUUUUCAAAGCACAAUGAAAAGGAAAGUCAGAAAGAAGAAAAAGAAGGGAACCAUUACAGCAAAUGUUGCUGGGACAAAGUUUGAAAUUGUUCGUUUAGUAAUAGAUGAAAUGGGAUUUAUGAAAACUCCAGAUGAAGAUGAAACGAGUAACCUUAUAUGGUGUGACUCUGCUGUUCAGCAGGACAAGAUUGCAGAGCUGCAAAAUUACCAGAGGAUCAACCAUUUUCCAGGAAUGGGGGAGAUCUGUAGAAAGGAUUUCUUAGCAAGAAAUAUGACCAAAAUGAUCAGGUCUCGGCCUCUGGAUUAUACCUUUGUUCCUCGAACAUGGAUCUUUCCUGCUGAAUAUUCUCAAUUCCAGAACUAUGUGAAAGAAUUGAAGAAAAAACGGAAACAGAAAACUUUUAUAGUAAAACCAGCUAAUGGUGCAAUGGGUCAUGGGAUUUCUUUGAUAAGAAAUGGUGACAAACUUCCAUCUCAGGAUCAUCUGAUUGUUCAAGAAUACAUUGAAAAGCCUUUCCUAAUGGAAGGUUACAAGUUUGAUUUACGAAUUUAUAUUCUGGUAACAUCAUGUGAUCCACUAAAAAUAUUUCUUUAUCACGAUGGACUUGUGAGAAUGGGAACAGAGAAGUACAUUCCACCUAAUGAAUCCAAUUUGACCCAGUUAUACAUGCAUCUGACAAACUACUCUGUGAACAAGCAUAAUGAACGUUUUGAACGGGAUGAAACUGAAAACAAAGGCAGCAAACGUUCCAUCAGAUGGUUUACAGAAUUCCUACAAGCAAAUCAACAUGAUGUUGCUAAGUUUUGGAGUGAUAUUUCAGAAUUAGUGGUAAAGACCUUGAUUGUAGCAGAACCUCACGUGCUGCAUGCAUAUCGAAUGUGCAGACCUGGUCAACCUCCAGGAAGUGAAAGUGUCUGCUUUGAAGUCCUGGGAUUUGAUAUUUUGUUGGAUAGAAAACUAAAGCCAUGGCUUCUGGAGAUUAAUCGAGCCCCAAGCUUUGGAACUGAUCAGAAAAUAGACCUCGAUGUAAAGAGAGGAGUGCUGCUAAAUGCACUGAAACUACUAAACAUCAGGACCAGUGAUAAAAGGAGAAACUUGGCCAAACAAAAAGCUGAGGCUCAAAGGAGACUUUAUGGUCAAAAUUCAUUAAAAAGGCUCUUACCAGGUUCAUCAGACUGGGAACAGCAGAGACACCAAUUGGAGAGACGGAAAGAAGAGUUGAAAGAGAGACUUGCUCAAGUACGAAAGCAGAUCUCACGAGAAGAACAUGAGAAUCGACAUAUGGGGAAUUACAGACGAAUUUAUCCUCCUGAAGAUAAAACACUACUUGAAAAGUAUGAAAAUUUGUUGGCUGUUGCCUUUCAGACGUUCCUUUCAGGAAGAGCAGCUUCAUUCCAGCGAGAGCUGAACAAUCCUUUGAAAAGGAUGAAGGAGGAAGAUAUUUUGGAUCUUCUGGAACAAUGUGAAAUUGAUGAUGAAAAAUUGAUGGGAAAAACUACCAAGCAUCGAGGACCAAAGCCUCUGUGUUCUAUGCCUGAGAGUACAGAGAUAAUGAAAAGACAGAAGUACUACAGCAGUGACAGCAGUUAUGACAGUAACAGCAGCUCUUCAGAAUCGGAUGAAAAUGAAAAAGAGUAUCAAAAUAAGAAAAGAGAAAAGCAAGUAACAUAUAAUCUGAAACACUCCAACCACUACAAAUUAAUUCAACAAUCCACCACCAUAAGGCGCUCAGUCAGCUGCCCUCGGUCCAUCUCUGCUCAAUCACCUUCCAGUGGGGACAGCCGCCCCUUUUCUGCUCAACACAUGAUAUCAGUAUCACGGCCAUCUUCAGCAUCUCGGUCACAUUCCUUAAAUCGUGCUUCCUCCUACAUGAGGCAUCUGCCUCACAGUGAUGAUGCCAGCUCUGUCAGCUCUCAGGUGAGUGAGUCUUUGCGGCAACUGAAAACAAAAGAACAAGAAGAUGAUCUGACAAGUCAGACCUUAUUUGUUCUCAAGGACAUGAAGAUCCGGUUUCCAGGAAAAUCAGAUGCAGAAUCAGAACUUCUGAUAGAAGAUAUCAUUGAUAACUGGAAGCACCAUAAAACAAAAGUGGCUUCAUUUUGGCUCAUAAAAUUGGACUCUGUAAAACAACGAAAAGUUUUGGACAUAGUAAAAACAAGUAUUCGUACAGUUCUUCCACGCAUCUGGAAGGUACCCGAUAUUGAGGAAUUAAAUUUAUAUCGGAUUUUCAACCGGGUUUUUAAUCGCUUACUCUGGAGUCAUGGCCAAGGACUAUGGAACUGUUUCUGUGAUUCGGGAUCCUCUUGGGAGAGUAUAUUCAGUAAAAGCCCUGAGGUGGUGACUUCUUUGCAGCUCCAAUGUUGCCAGCGCCUGGUCGAGCUUUGUAAACAGUGCCUGCUAGUGGUUUACAAAUAUGCAACUGACACAAGAGGAUCACUCUCAGGCAUUGGUCCUGACUGGGGUAAUUCCAGGUAUUUACUACCAGGAAGCACCCAGUUCUUCAUGAGAACACCAGCCUACAACUUGAAAUACAGUUCACCUGGAAUGACUCGCUCCAAUAUUUUGUUUACAUCCCGAUAUGGCCAUUUAUGAAACAGAAGGGAAGAUUGCCAUGGGUUAUGCAUAAUAGCAAUUCAUUUUUUUUUCUCAAGUUGAACAUGCAAAGAAAAGUGACCAUUAAGUGCUGUUUUAUGUAUAUAAGACAUACAUAUGUGUGAAAAUAUAUACACACAUGCACUCAAAUAACAUAUAUUUAUUAUAAUACAUAAAGAAGAAUUAGCAGAAAACUGAACAUAAGACUUAACCUUUCUGGAAAUGUAAUAAACCACGUUAAAAUUGUUUACACAAAUAUGUGAAUGUCUAGAAUUUGCCAGGUUUAUAAUUAAUUCCUUCCUACUAGAAAUGUUAUUUUUGCUGCAGAGUAUAUAAAACAGAAGUGAUCUUGAAGAUCCCAUUACAGUGUUAAAUUAUUUUCUAAGUAACAUGCCUUUUGACUUGAAAAAGCAUUAAUAGUAUAAUACCUUAUUAACUCUCUUAUAUGUAGUAUUCAUUUACAAUGAAACAAAAAAGAUUUAGAAGCCUGGUAUUGCUUGAUGAUAGAAUUAAGUAUAAAACGGGUUUAUCGUUACUAUAGCACACUGUAAAAAGUACUAGAAAAAUCUCAACCUGAUUCUCCAACAUUUUCAUUCUAUGUGGAAAUUUAGCUACUUGUAAUAAUACAUUAUCAGUAAGGGUCUGGUAAGAUCAUAUUAUGAUCUAAAGUGGAAGACAAUCCAGUGGGUUAAAAAAAAUGUAAACUAGAUUUUAUUUUUACUUUUCAUAGGAAGUCUCAUAAAGGAACAGAAAAUGAAGGUAGU